GUCAAUGAAAUGUUCAGUAAUUUGAAGAAAACAUUCGUUGAUUCAUUUUCACUAAAGUUAUGGAACAAAGAAGAUGACCAAAGAAGGGCUGUUGAUUUGGUUAAUAAAACUAGUUUAUCCAUAAUUACUUCAAAAUCGUUGAGAGAAAAUGAAAGAAAGAACCGAGAUCUAAUAUUCAAAGUACGUUCUUUAUGUGUAAAACUUAAAUUGUUUAUUAUAUUUUGA